AUGAUCUGGGGCUCAACCCGCCUCUCCUCUUCGCACAGCACGGCGGCCUCGGCCUCUGCCUCGACAUACUCCCCAGCCAAUUUCACCCGGCCACUUCCCAAACCCCAGGCAUCGCCGGCCGCUUCGUCGUCGUCGUCGUCGUCUUCAUCGUCCACGUCGUCGUCAUCAAGCCUUCGUCGCGAACCGCACGCCCUUCCCGCCGGCCGCCCUCACUACGCUUACCCGCAGGCCCGCCGGCCCCCGGUGACCGAGAUCCCCGGCGUCCGCUUGACGCCCUGGACGUGGGUGAAAUGGAUGUUUGGCUGGCGGCCGACGCCGACAUACAAGCCGGCUCCGAUCCAGGCCAACAACAACCCCUACCGCGCGCGCAAGCAGUGGCCGCCCGACUUCCGCAACCUCGAUCCCAAGUACCAGUUCCAUUUGGAGAAGACGUACCGCCGCCGCGCCGCCCUGAAGUGGGCUCGACCGACCUGGAAUAAGAGCAUCAAGAUCCUGCAGCAGACCCUGAUCACUUUCACUCUGAUCUACUUUGUUUUCAUCUGUGAGCCGACGGAUGGUCAAGGCACGCCCUUCGAUGGGUUCCGUGCCUGGUUUUUUGAAAAGCUCGGGAGUCUUGGCCAAUUGCCCGAUGCUACAAGACAUGAAGCCGACAAGUUGAGCGAGGAUGCGAAGAAAAGACUGGUCCGGGCCAAUGACAUAUCAAAUUCGCCUACAGCCUCCUGA